AUGUCGAAAGAGGAAAUUGAGAAACAACAUCGACUAUUGCUUUUGCUGACAUCCUGCUCUCUUGAUCACAGUGCACUGGCACUCGGCCAACUUGCUUCCGGUGCUCCAUUCAGGGAGGCGACUGCGAAUAGGACACCGAACGGGCUAUGUCUCGCCUGGACACGCUCCGAAAACGAUAUGAGCGGUUCGAAGAGGAGAAUGAGGAUUUGCGCGAACUUAUACGUUACUUAUGCGCUCGACCGCUAG